GUCGUGAUUCAGUUCGGCAGCCGAAGGGUUAAGAUAAAGCGCAUCAAUUCGAUCGGAAAGUGCAUUGAAACUAACAAGUUUUUGGCACUGCUAAAGUGUGUGGCUGAGUGAUCUUCGAAAACACGAAAAGCGCCCGUACAGAAUGGGGGAGAAACUUUCGCCGUCCCCGGCGGCUGGCUCCAGCUAUCGAAGCUCCGCUUCCAAGCCACAAAAGUCAACCGGAGACGUCGAACAGCUCGGCCAGAAAUCGGUCUUCGUGGCGUAUGUGCUGUGGUUGUUCGGAGGCAUCUUCGGUGUGCAUCACUUCUACCUGCGCCAAGACCGGCGGGCGUUUCUCUGGUGGAGCACCUUGGGGUACUUCGGCAUCGGAUGGAUGGCCGAGGUGCUGCACAUCCCGGCGAUGGUGCGGGACGCCAACGAUGACCCGCGGUUCGUGGCGGAGUUCAACGAACUGCUGCGAAAGAACCGAAAGCCCCCCUUCUCGACCAGCCGUUUCCUGCUCGGCGUCAUGAUCGGGUACUGGUGGGGCCAGAUGAUCAUGAUCGCGAUACCGCAGAGCGUGUUCUUCGGCGUCGACUGGGGCUUCCUGCACUGGCUCAUCCCAUUCGCCGUGGCUCUGGGUGUUUGGACGGUUGGAAACAUGGGGCGCGAGAAGGGCGUCUUCUGGCACUGUCUGGUUGCCUCGUACGGCUCGUACCUCUCGCGGUACUUUGUCAUGGACGAGGCGUACUGGAUGACGGCGACGGCGCUCUGUUGCGCUUCCGCAUUCGAUCACUUCUCGAAACAGUGGAACGUGGAGAUUCCGAAGAAAAAGCGCAUGCCCAGACGCCUGGCGACACUGACGGUGGCCGCCAUCGCGUAUCUCUCGCUGUGGGGCGCCUUCGUAUACUUCAACGGUACGAUCACGGACAGCGAAGGCGACGAGGUGCCGGUUCACGAGGCGCUCUACAACUUCCUCAAGUCGCCCUGGUGGACGGACCUGAAGCAAACGCUGCACGAUACGCUGCAGUUCGCCAAAUACCACGGAUGGGCGGAGGUUUGGAAGCAAAUAAUUGACUCCAUGGACGCGGACGGCGAGCAAAACGCGUACAAGGUGCUGGGGAUCAGCGCGACCGCCUCGCAGCACGAAAUCAACACCCUGUGCCGCAGUCUGGCGAAGGAAACGCACCCGGACAAGGUGAAGGACGCCAGCAAACGGCGGGCGGCGGAAGAGCGGUUCAUGGAGAUUCAGCAGGCCUGCGAGGUGCUGAGUAAGACGCGUCGGAAGCGCAGCCAAAGGAACAAGAAGUCGGACAGUGGCAGUGGCAGUGACAAGAUCGAGCUGUAGUGCCUCCCGGA